UGCAGUGAACAAUCAGCCCUUCACUUUGGUUUCCCUUUUCUCACAAUGAUGAGAAGUUUCAGAACAUCCAUCAUUAACCUGCUUGGUUUAUAUCUAAUAUUUUCUGAGGUUUACAGUGGAUUCUGCUCGGACACUGUUGCAGUUGGGCAGCCACCAAAGCCAAGCAUCAAUCUGCAGGCUAUCAGAGACAAGCAGCUCCUCUUGGUAAGCUGGCUGGUAAACCACAGUGGCUUAGUGGGCGAUAUUUAUGAGAUCCAGAUCGGUCGCACUGAAAACCGCGCCAUUAUUUACAACAGAAAUAUAAGUUUUAUUCCGGUGGAUUCAAAUGUCUACACAUGGACGUGGACCUCUGAUCUGCCUCUGGAGUGUGUCGAUCACUCAGUCAGGAUGCGACAUUUCUACAAUCCCUCUGUCCCGAGUCCAUGGAGCAAUUGGAUGACCAAUAAUGGAACCCAGGCAAAUGGUAGGACCGAGAUAUUCCCUAAACAGCGGAUGAUGAGAGAGGGCGCCAAUGCUAUGUUCUGCUGUGUUCCCCCAAAAGGAGUCAGUAUUACCAGUGUUACCUUAAACAACAACGAAUACCCUCUUAUCAGCAUUGGAGACAGAGUCAAGGCUAUUGCUGUGAACAACUUGACUAUCCCAAACGAUUUAAUUAGACGUCUUACACUCAUCUGCAAAGAUACAACAGGCAAGAGCAGUUAUGUCUGGAACUUCAUCAGUUUUCCUCCCCAGAAGCCCAGAAACCUCAGCUGUGUGACUUCAGACAUGAUAACUGUCACUUGCACCUGGUCUGCAGGCAGAAAACGAUACCCGCACGAUCGCAACAACCAAGCAUAUAUUCUCCACAUACAAAACUCAGUCCAGGCUCCCAUCAGCUGUGACCAGUUGUUAUGUACUUUCCCCGCCGUCCCACAGUUGGAAGAAUACAACAUCAGCCUGGUGGUGAAGGACCAGCUGGGAGAGGAGACAGCUUGCUAUAGCUUCAACAUCUCUGACCGGGUGUUUCCUGUUGUGGAAUUGGACAGACUGAGCCCUGGCGUGACAGAUGUCACUGUGUUUUGGAUCAUAAAGGGGAACUUGACUCAACUGAACCUCCUCUGUCAGGUUGCUACAGACCCCGGCAGCUCUGCAGAGCUGAGUUGCAAUAGUGUGAGUGGGCUCUGCAAAACUAAACUGGAACAUCUGCUUCCCAACACUUACUACUCUAUCAGGGUGCGCUGCUCUGUCAAUGGCAAGCUCUGGGGAGAAUGGACUCAGCCCAAAUCCUUUGCAACUGAUGUGUUGGUGACUUUGGAUAUAUGGAGGAGAAUAAACCAGCUCUCUGACCUGAACAGCCGCCAAGUUACUCUAUUGUGGACACCAUAUGCUCCUGGCUCAGCAACAAUGGUGAACAUUCAAGGCUACAUAGUUCAGUGGUGGCGUGAAGACCAAAACUGGACAUCGAAGAAUGUCACAAGACAAACCCAGGCAAAUAUCUUUAUUGGUCCAGGACAGUAUAACGUCACUGUCCAGGCUGUUCUCCACACUGGUCUCUCUAUCCCUGCUCACAUCACCAUCCCACAGAGGGACGAUGGAGAAAACCUCCCAGUAGAGAAGCGGUUCAGCAGUAACACUACUGCUACUGGUUUUAGUCUGUCCUGGGAUAAGCAGGAUACUGCCACCUGUGGCUAUAUUGUGGAGUGGUGCGUUCUGGGAAAUGUAGAGCCUUGUACUCUGCGAUGGAUUAAGGUGCCAGAGGGAAACAACACAUUGUUCCUACAUGCUAGAGAUUUCAAAGAAGGUUGCAGGUAUACAUUUAAUAUAUAUGGAUGCACAGAAAAUGGAUACAAACUGCUGGAGACACAGACUGGAUACUCACAAGAGCUCAAAUCUGUACUGUCCCCGAGUCUGGUUGAGCCUGUUCAGUGUACUUCCUCAUCAGUGACACUGGAAUGGCAUUACAAUGAGGAUGACCCGUCUCAUCCAGCAUUCAUUACUGGUUACCUGGUUAUAGUGCAGGAAGAGGAAUCUGAUAUUCUGCCAGAUCACACGACAAAUCUGUUCAAUGUGCUGGUGGAAGACCCUCGGAGCAAGUCUGUGACCAUAGAGGGUCUGCAGCCAAACCAAGAGUAUUCUUUCUUUGUGAGCGCUCUAACUAAAGAGGGGCCUGGGCAAACAGCCAGUAUCACCAUGAGGACCAGAACUAACUUAGACUCUGCUCAUUUGGCCAAGAUACUGACUCCCAUCUUACUGCUGUGCUGUUCUGUUCCCCUGUGGCAUCAAAGAAAAUUGCUUAAGAGUGGGCUGACAGGUUUUUUUUAUUAUCCUACUGGCAUGAAUAUCAAAACUUUGGAGUUAGACGACUUCCUAUAUGAGACCAGUGUGUGGCUGCAGUCUCAGGAGGUGAAGGAGUGCAGCACCUGUGACAUUGAGUGUCUGAAUACCAGACCUUUGAAUGAAACAACAUUGACUGAUCCUGAACCUUUGGACACACUGCCUGGUUCCCAGCCCUCUCCUUUGGUCUUGUCACUGGCCUGUGUGUCGUUUCAAGAAGACUACUGUGUACAGUCAGUUGAGGAUAAACCAGCCUUUCAACAAAUCGCAUACGUCACCAACAAGACUUAUUUUGAAGCCAUGGAGGACUUGUGCGAGACACAAGAAGUCACGCUCAGUGAGAUCAAUGAGCCUUCUGAGAGUCUGCAGGAAUCUAAAUUCUAAUAUACUAUAUGCAUGUGAUUUGUGAUUUUCAAAAAGGAAGCUUGCAGAGUUUCUGAUACUGUGUAUAGAGCAGGUAAACUAAAGAGUAUUUCAUCUCAGUAAUAUCUGACAGUAUUUCAAACUCCUUAGAAAACUGUAAAAAAUAAUAAUCUGGCCCUCUGUAAAGAACUCUGUAAACUGUAAACUUAUGUUAUGUUAUCUGCAUGUUGCAACUGCUAGUGCUGAUAAGGCUACCAAACGUUUAAAAAAUAAAAUUCUGGGGUCUUCUUGGUAGAGCAGCUGCCCCAUGUGCAGGGGCUCAGUCCUUGCUGCGGCGGCCCGGGGUUUGAGUCGGACCUGUGGCCCUUUGCUAUGUGUCAUUCCUCAUCUCUCUCCCUGCAUUCCUGUCACUCUUCAGCUGCAUCUGUACAAUGAAGCUUAAAAAAGGCCCAAAAAAUAUCUUCAAAGAUUUAAAAAAAAAAAUGCUUUUAUUACUUGUAUGAUAUUAUGAAGAAGUAUUUCUGAACAUCAUAAACUACUGUUUAAAGAAGAUGUGAUCUCUAUUUUUGGUAAACUUGAAGCAGUGACAAAAGAGUAAGAAACAUGUUUUUACUGUUAAGCGGAUGAUUUAAAUAUUGAAAUCUAGAUUUUUUAGAACUAAUAAUGUCAUUUCAAAUGAAGUGAAUUUAUCUGGUGUGCUACUGCAGAAAUCAGAUUUUGACAGGCAACAGCACCAAAUUUUGUCCAUGUAUUUACUCAUUUCAUUUAGAAUAUCAUUUAUAACCGAUCAUUGAUUUUAAACAAAUUGUGUCUUAUAUAAGUAUAAAAAAUGUAUUUCUUUGACACUGAGAUACAAUUUAACCACCAAAUAAGUAAAAAAAAGAAAAAGAAAAAGAAAGAAAAAAGGAAAGAAAUAACAGCCGUUUCUGACAUCAGCACAAAAAUGUGGGCAUCAGAUAAAAAGGUCCUUGAAGGUUCACAUCAGUUGGGGAAGUUGUGUUUUGUUUGAAUUUACUCUAACUCUGUCUUCCACAAAACCACCUCCUUUUCUUCUAAUCUGUACUGUCCCGAGUCUGGUUGACCCUGUUCGGUGUUCGGUGUACGUCCUCAUCAGUGACACUGGAAUGACAUUACAAUGAGGAUGACCCGUCUCAUCCAGCAUUCAUUACUGGUUACCUGGUUAUAGUGCAAGAAGAGGAAUCUGAUAUGCAGCCAGAUUUGUUUGUUUAACUAUUUUGACAGGUGACAGCACCAAAUUUUCAUCUUAUUUAGAAUAUCAUUUAUAACCGAUCAUUGAUCUUAAACAAAUUGUGUCUUAUUUAAGUAUAAAAAGUUCAUAAUAUUACAUUUAGGCUACAGCACAUCUUCAGUGUUUUAAUCACAAUUUCCACACCAUAUGUGAUAUUAUCUUUUGCCAAAUGCAGCUCCCAUCCACUUUUUCUGUUCAAGCAAAACUACCCGCAUAGCUGCUUAGAUGUUGAUUGCACAGGUCACUUGAUUUGUACUUUAUCAGUUUUGAAUCAGCUCUUGAGAAUUCAGCUGAAUUUCCUUCAACACUCUUCCCAGUUACCGUAACACAUAUUCGCUGCUCAAUACUUGGUUCAGUUAACUCCACUCUGUGUAUUUUAUAAGUUGCAGAACUGGUUUUGAAACAACAAAGUGCCAGACCUCUGAUGUGACAAAGCCAGCUAGUUAAAUAGCAUGUAACUUAUUAAGCAGGGUAGCUCAGUAGCUACUGGUCUGCAUCCACAAACAUGUUUGGCACAUAAAAGACUGGUUUGACAGUUUUUAAGUCAUAUUGACAGCAUAGAUUCUGGGAUUGAGCAAGUUGUAUGACUGUGACCUGAUAUUAUUGAUGCAUGUGAUACACACAAAUAAGAAAAAAAUAAGAAUAAAAUUCGGUGAGUGAGUCGCAGUUUGGUUAUCAUUUAUUUUUAUUCAUGUUCCACAAAAAAAAAAAAAAAAAAAAAAAAAAAGAAUCACAUCUUUAAUUACAAAGGGUCAAAUGUCAUACAGUAGUUACAACAUCCUGAGUAAAGUGAAUAAGUCAUGUGGAUUUUACAAACAAAGGAUAAAUAUAAAAACAAAAUAAAAAUUACCUUUCUAGAUUUCCACACCAAAAUGUUGAAUGAUGACUCGAGAAUGUUGAGCUGUGAUUGGCUAUUUGUCCUGAACAUCCUAGCAGCUUUUUUCCCCAAAAAAUCUUUAAGGAAGAAAAACACAUUAAAAUGGAUGU